AUGGUGUACCAUAUUGUGGCUGUGCCAUACCCUGGCAGAGGCCAUGUGAAUCCCAUGAUGAACCUCUGCAAAUCCUUAUUAAUUUCUUCAAGAAAUCAGAUUCUCAUCACCUUUGUUGUGACACAAGAAUGGCAAACCUUAAUCAACAAGAACACCAAUCAUGCUCAUGCUGAUAGCAUUAGAAUCUGUACCAUUCCAAACGUUCUGCCAUCAGAGGAAGUUCGCGGCAACGACUUCCCAGGAUUCUAUGAAGCAGUGAUGACAAAGAUGGAAGAACCCUUUGAGGCAGUGAUUGAUGAGAUUAAUGGCAAUGUGAAUGUGGAUCUCAUCAUUGCUGACACUGAGCUUCUUUGGGCUCAUGCUGUUGCCACUCGUAGAUUGCUUCCUUUGGCUUUGCUUUGGACUGCUUCUGCUUCAGUCUUCUCCAUGUUUCUUCAUCAUCAACUCUUUCUGGAAAAUCACUCUUUCGGGAAUGGAGAAAAACGUGUAGAUUACAUCCCUGGCGUUUCCCCAUUAAGGAUAUCAGAUUUGCCUUCAAUUUUCCAUGACAAGAAUGGAAAAGUGUUGCAACUAUACUUGCAAUGCAUAUCAAAGGUCCAAUAUGCAAAAUACCUUCUUUUCAAUUCAAUCUAUGAGAUUGAACCAAAUGCAAUAGACACUCUAAAAUCCAAAUACUCCUUCCCACUCUACACAAUUGGCCCUUUAAUUCCAUUCUAUGAAGCAACCAACAAUGAACACAUCAAUUACAUGCAGUGGCUUGAUUCUCAGCCAAAAGGGUCUGUUCUAUACAUAUCCUUAGGAAGUUAUCUUUCAAUUUCAAAGGAGCAAAUGGAAGAACUUGUUGUUGGGUUAUGUGAUAGUGGUGUGAGAUUCUUGAUGGUGUACCGUGGACCAAACAAAACACUCUUAAGUCAAAAUAGUAACAGUGGUUUAUUUGUGCCUUGGUGUGACCAAUUGAGGGUGUUGUCACAUAACUCUAUAGGUGGUUUUUUGUCACAUUGUGGUUGGAAUUCAGUGUUGGAAGCUAUGUUUUGUGGUGUUCCUGUUCUAACUUUUCCAAUUUCUAUUGAUCAAGUUCCUAAUAGUAAGCAAAUUGUUGAGGAUUGGAAGGUUGGUGUUCAGAUGAAAGAAAGAUUAGGGACUAAUAACAAAGAAAAUGAUGUUGUGAUGAGAAAAGAAAUUGCUAGGAUUGUAAAAGGUGAUGGGGAUUCGAAAUUUACCAUAUACAUACAUCACAGUGGCAAGUUUCAUGAUAUAGGAAAUGUGCUAGAAUAUUUGGGGGGAAGGGUUAUUAGUGUCACAGACUGUGAAGCAUUGCUCGGGUGUAUUGUUGAUGGCUGCAAGAAAGGUAAUGGUGUUGAGAUAUGUUUGAAUGAUAAGGAUUAUGUUCCAACUGAAACUGAGUACAGUGGCCGUGGUUUCGUAGAAGUAGAAGUUGAAGGUGAAUCAGAGGCAUCUAGUGAGGAGUAUAGAAUUUGA